UAAUGCAAGACACUCGCGAGACGCUCAAAACUGAUAAAAAUCCAUGUCGACCUGCCCAAAGUGAGUGUGAGUUCGAGUGGUGCCAGUCUUUCGGUUGUCGGGCGGUAAUGUAAACAAAAGUGCGAUUUAAAGUCAUAUUUUCACGGAGAAUUCGGCUUCCUUAUGGAAAGAUGAUUAGUUGAGUGUAAUAGUUUCAACCGGGUGCGUUAAAGGAGCGCGUAAAAUCAGGAAAUUAUUGACCUAAAAUCCUACAAAAUGGGACGAACGCCAUUUAUACUGUUACUCUUCGGAUUAUUUUGCAUAAGUACUUCACAGGGACAAAUAAGUGAAAGGCUACCUCUCCUUCAAAAUCCCUGCGUUACGAAAACCACAUGCCGUGAUUGUAUACAGACACCAAGCUGUGCCUGGUGUAUGGAUCCAGAUUUUGGUGAUAAGCCACGUUGUUUCGAUCCAUCAUAUUUCACGAGCACAUGUCCCGAGGCGUUCACAUGGAAUCCCGAUAAUGAGCAGUCAAUAUAUAUGAAUCGACUGUUGAGUCGGGCUGGGGCUAAAUCUGGCGGUGGUCAGUGGGAAUCAGGUUCAUCGUAUGAAUACAGUGCAUCAGGUAGUAGCAGCUUUAGUUCAUCAUCGCGUGGAGCACAUGGCAGUGCAGCUUCCGGGGCGGCAGCAGGAGCUGGAGCAGCAAGCGGAAGUGGCAGCAUCGUACAAAUUGCACCACAGCGUGUUGGGCUCAAGCUGAGAAUAAAUGAAAAACAUCGUCUCACAAUGCAAUACUCCCAAGCUGAAGACUAUCCAGUUGAUUUAUACUACCUUAUGGACUUAUCGAAAUCCAUGGAAGACGACAAAGAGAAAUUAUCGAAACUUGGUGAUUUGCUCUCCGACACCAUGCGAAAUAUCACAUCGAACUUCCGACUCGGUUUUGGAUCAUUUGUAGACAAAGUGCUGAUGCCUUACGUGUCGACGGUUCCUAAAAAGUUGCUACAUCCAUGUGAAGGCUGUGAAGCCCCGUACGGUUUUCGAAAUCAUAUGCCACUCAAUACAAACACAAAAUCAUUUUCCGAAGAAGUAAGAAAUGCUGCAGUCUCAGGUAACUUGGAUGCCCCUGAAGGUGGCUUUGAUGCAAUCAUGCAAUCUAUCGUCUGCCGCAAUCAAAUUGGAUGGAGAGAACAGGCUAGACGCCUGUUAGUAUUCUCAACUGACGCAGGAUUCCAUUACGCUGGCGACGGAAAGCUCGGUGGUGUUAUUACUCCAAACGAUGGACAAUGCCAUCUUGACACUCGCGGAAUGUAUACACAUUCAAGUUUACAAGAUUAUCCAAGCAUUUCACAGAUUAAUAUGAAAGUAAAACAGAAUUCGAUUAAUAUUAUUUUUGCUGUGACAUCCACGCAAAUUGGCGUUUAUGAGAAAUUGGCACAACAUAUUGAAGGAUCAUCCAGCGCUGUUCUAUCGAAUGAUUCAUCGAACGUUGUGGAUCUUGUUAGGGAAGAGUAUAGUAAAAUCUCAUCAUCUGUUGAAAUGAAAGACAAUGCAACCAGCGCUCUCAAGAUAACAUAUUAUUCGGCUUGCAAGAACGGAGGUAAUCUCGUACAAACUAGCAAAUGUGAUGGAUUGAAGGUCGGUGACCUUGUCAACUUUACCGCUGAAAUCGUUGUCACGUCAUGUCCACAAAACCCAGCAGAUUGGUUCCAGACAUUCCAGAUAUAUCCAGUCGGUUUGAAUGAAAGUUUAAUAGUUGAUCUGGAGAUGUUGUGCAGUUGUCCUUGCGAAAGGCCAGGCCAUAAACUAUAUGAAGAGCAUUCGCCUAAAUGUUCCAACUUCGGUUCAUACAAGUGUGGUAUUUGUGAAUGUGAUGAAACCCACUUCGGACGAAAGUGUGAAUGUUCCUCUGACGUCGGUCCUGGAGAUAAUCGUGAUUUUGGUUGUCGUCCUGAUAACACAACAGACAUAGAUUGCAACGGACGUGGUAACUGUAUUUGCGGUGUAUGCGAAUGUGAAAAACGUCCAAAUCCAGAGGAGGCUAUCACGGGACCAUAUUGUGAAUGUGAUAAUUUCUCAUGCGAUCGACACAAUCAAUUGUUGUGCUCUGGACCAGACCAUGGACGAUGUGAAUGCGGAGAGUGUAAAUGUAAUGAGGGUUGGAUUGGUUCCGCUUGUGAUUGUAGAGCAUCAAAUGACACUUGCAUGCCACCGAAUGGAGGAGAGAUCUGUUCGGGACAUGGAACCUGUGAAUGUGGUGUAUGCAAAUGUGAUGUAACCGAAGAAGGACGUUAUUCUGGCAAAUACUGUGACAAGUGUCCAACCUGUUCAGGACGUUGUCAAGAAUUGAAAGAUUGCGUUCAAUGCCAAAUGUACAAGACCGGUCCAUUGGCUGAAGGAAACUUAUGUGCUGAAAAUUGUACAAAUGUCGUAACAAUUGGUGUAGAUACCGUCACAGCAGAUGAUGAGAAGAAUGAAUAUUUGUGUACAUUCUAUGAUGAGGACGAUUGUCGCUUCCAAUUUGCAUACACAGAUAAGGAAGACGAAAAGAGCGAAGUAAAAGCACAAGAGGAACGUGAAUGCCCACCUAAAGUUUUCAUGUUGGGAAUCGUUCUUGGAGUUAUUGCUGCUAUCGUACUCAUUGGAUUAGCUUUUCUAUUGUUAUGGAAAUUGUUAACAACAAUCCAUGAUCGAAGGGAAUUUGCGAAAUUCGAAAAGGAACGAGCCAGCGCGCGAUGGGAUACGGGCGAGAAUCCAAUCUACAAACAAGCCACAUCUACAUUCAAAAACCCAACAUAUGCUGGCAAAUAAAUCUCCGAAAACGUUUAACACGCAUGUUUGGUACAAGUAUUAACAUUUGUACAUUUUUACAAUCGAAUUUUUUGAAUCAUUUUCCAUCAGAAUUGUCCGACGUACAAUUUAGAAAAAAAAUGUAUACAGACUAAUCAUAGAGUAUUUAAUACGCAAAAUACGUCCUUUCAUAUUAAAAACGUAUCGUAGGAAUUUUCAAAGUUACUACAUUGAGUAAAAACAUACAUAAAGCGAACAACUAUGAAUUAUAGGAAUUAAUUUUACAGAAUUCUAAAAUUUCAGCAAAUAUCUUCGCGAAAUCAGAAAAACAAGUGCCUGCAAAUGGAUAUCUAUUUAGGUUUUCAGUUUAAACAAGUUGCAAAUAUUUUGCUUGGAAAACGUUUUCACACAACAGCUGGAAGCACAUUUUUUUAAACAGAAGAUAUUACUAAAGCGACUGUAGUUGAGAGAAAACCAGGUGGCUAAUCGGAUUUAUUUCUCUACUUUUGUAAUUUUAUGAUAUGUAGCUAUUUAAGUGAUGUUAAUUUAAUGUUGUUAGGCGAAGUUUUAAAUAAUUUUAAAGAAGUGCAUAUUGUUCGUUUUGUAACAACGAAAAUAUUGUAAACAAACCAAAAGUCUUCUGCAUAUGUUUGAGUAUACUUAAUUUAAAUUAAAAAUUAUUGACAAGUUUACGACUCUUCCGAGAAGUUAGUUUUUCGAUCUUCAUGAAAAACAACUGAUUAUAACACGAAUAUGCCUUGCUGCCAUGUAGGACAUAGAUUUUUUUAACAUUAAUUUAAAAGUAUGAAAUAAAAAGUUUUUAUAAGCGCGAAAUACAAAGAUAAAAAAUUUUUUGUUUUGAAGAUUUAUGUAAUAAAAUAAAUUUUAACACCGGA